AUGGGUAUUACUGCGCUCGACUGCUUCUCCCGGAAGAAUAUCUCAGAUCCACGGAAUGUCGCAAUCGCCAUAAUCAAACGCCCCGCCACCGUUUCAACAACAGAUCCUCGAUUUAGGGGGACUCUCAUCAGCAACCCUGGCGGUCCUGGACAGUCCGGCACUCAGAUGGUACUUCGAGCCGGCAGAUUUAUACAACAGCUGGUGGAUGGUGAAGAUCACAAAUAUGAGCUCGUUUCAUUCGACCCGCGGGGAGUAUGGCAGAGCACGCCCAGCCUGGACUGCUUUGAAGGCAAGGAUUUUGCACGAGGACCGUGGAAGUGGGAAAAGAGAAUAAUGGGCAAUCUGGAUGGCUCUAGUCAAGCUGCAAUCCAGGCGCAUCUAGCUGCAGCGAGGGCGUGUGGGGGAUUUUGCAAGAGUUCAAAGCAUGAUUUUGCUGAGCAUGUUUCGACGGCUGCAGUGGCGCGAGAUAUGCUGGAGAUAGUGGACAGGGUUGAGAGUGAACGGAAAGAACAGAACACUCAUCGCGAUCAAGAACUGUUAUCGGCGGAUUCUGUUGCCAAAAUACAGUAUCUUGGGUUCUCGUAUGGGACACACCUUGGAAACACAUUUGCAUCUCUAUUUCCGGACAAAGUCAAGAGGAUGAUAUUGGAUGGUGUGGUUGACAGUUAUGCAUUCACUGGCACGCGCUGGCCUCGUGGCUUCCUUCAGGAUGCCGAAAAGGUUGUGGAUCACUUCUAUAAUACCUGCUUCGAGGCGAAAGAAUCCUGUGCCUUGUACAAGCUUGGGUAUGCCAGCCCGGAUGAUAUCAGGAACUCAAUCCAAUUGAUAUUCAACAUGAUGAAGGAAGCCCCUCUUUACUUGACCCCAUGCUAUUCACCGGUCAUCUUUUUCCCAUUGGUCGCAGAGGACCUCGACCAGCUUUCACGAGGCCAGUACACAGAUAUAGUCAACAACAAUCCGGAGCUUGUAGGCCCAGCCGCUCUUCGAAAUGCACCCUGUGAUGAUGCUAUAGGGGGCUCAGACCCAGUUAAGUACUGGGAUUAUGCAGCCAUGGAAACUGGCUUCUCAGUCAUCUGCGGAGACCGAGUGGACGUUCGCAAUACAACUGCUGAAGAACUGGCACGUUACAUACAACAAAUGGUAGCUGAAUCGCCAUCAAUUGGCUCUUUAUGGGCAACCUUCUAUGCGCAGUGUGCCGGCUGGCCCUACCGAGCCAGAUGGGCAUUUCACGGUCCUUUUCGAACCCCUCCACCAGGCACAGAAACUGGACCCAAUGCACCUCUGCUUUUCCUUUCGAGCGAGUUCGAUCCCGUGACUCCACUCGCUGCUGCCAUUUCUAUGGCCGAGCAUCAUCCGAAUUCACUUGUGGUCAAACAGCAUUCCUAUGGUCAUACAGCACUAUUCGCGGCACCCAGCAACUCCACCAGGGAGAUACUCCGGGAAUAUAUGCACCAUGGCAAGCUUCCUGAGCCGGACUGGCGAAGUCCUGGCGGUGCAGGAAUUGCCGAGUGUGAUGCUGACUGCUCGAAUCCAUGGCUUGGCUGUCCCAAGUACCGCAGUGUAUAA